AUGUUACUUGGACCAACGCGUCCACUAUGUCUCGCUACGAAUCAACUGAUAAUGACAGCUACCACCAAAACCACUAGAAAUACCCUUGGAAUUUAUAUUUGGUUCAGAGGCAGCCGGUUAGAGUCGACGCAAACUCAAAAAAGGGAAUGGCCGCCAAAACCGUUAGGGAUUAAACCGCCGCGAUCCUUAAUGAAACACCCGCAAGUACUUCCACCAACCAAACUACUGCCACGAAAGAAACAAGGUCCGUAUCUUCGCGCGAAAAACAAAGAAAUGUGGAGGAAAAAAGCAAUAGCGGCAGAACGCGCCAAAGAACGAGAAAAAGCGCGAGUUCCCCGCCUUGGUCCACGAUUCCCGAAAAAGAAAGUACCGUAUAAUCCACGAGUAAAUACAAAUAUUGGGGUUCCACAUUCCGCGAUUCUGAGAGCACCACGCCGAGGAUACUCACCAAAACAAAAAAUUCCGGAAAAAGCAUUGAAUUAUUAUCAGCGUAAAUUGGAACGAAUAUUAGAAGUGCAAAAAAUGGAAAAGAAGCAAGAAGAAAAUCCAAAGUUGGUUUUAGCUGCUGCACAAAAACGAAGCUCAUCAAAAAGUUCACCUAUACUUUUGGAUAACCCACUUCAAGAUUUCCCACCAAUGAGUAUCGAGGAUCAAGUUCUAGAUUACCCACCAAUGAAUAUCAACGGGCAAAUUCUUUAUGGUCCUCCACCAGCCAUAUAUGGCAUUUCAAGCUCCCGUAUAAAACAUCAACAAAUAUUCCCCCCGGAUCCACCACCAAAUCUUGACGUUGAUCGGCCCAAGGUUAAAUACCCGUAUUUUGUUCAACGGACAAAGUAUAAUAUGAUACCCGUGUAUACCGAUAUAAAAAAUGGGCGUUCACGAGUUCUGACUAUUGUACGGCGAAUCGAGGGAAAUAUUAAG